CCAAUCCAAAGCCCAACUCUUUAAUCAGUGCUUUAUCUUAAUCACCUCUGCAGACCUAUCUGUCAUGACCGUCCGGUCUGUCAUGACCGUCCGGUCUGGGUGUUCGAGUCCGAUCUGGGUGUUCAAGUCCUGCCGGUCGUCCCCUGGGUAUUGUCUGGGCCGUCCGAGUUCAUAUGGGGCUAAAGAGAGUUAAGAAAUUGUAGUUUGAAGAAAAUGGCCUGCACCCAAGCUUUCUUGCAUCUCAAUGCCCUAACCACUCCUCUUAGAGUUAGGCCACAGUGGGGAGUGGGGACCACCAAACCAAAGCACAUUGUUUGCAAGGCAGAGAAGGAUGACGUGGAAGAGGGUGAAGCCACCACCCUUAGCCAUCUCUCUCGCCGAUUGGCCCUCGGCACUGCCCUCAUCGGCGGCGCCGCUGUUGCUGGUGGCUCCAAAGUUUCACCUGUUUCUGCUGCUGAUGCACAACUCUCUCUUGAGGAAGCUGCAGUUAGCACAUUAUCAGCAAUUAAUUCUAAGGAAUAUCCUUCAUCGGUUGUCGAAGCUCUUUCUCUCAAUCGAAACAGUUUUCCGCCUGACUUCGUUUUCGGUACAUCAUCCGCGGCCUACCAGUUCGAAGGAGCGGCGUUUGAAGGUGGAAGAAAACCAAGUAUAUGGGAUGUAUUCACCCACAGAUAUCCAGAGAAGAUAAGGGAUAAAAGUAAUGGAGAUGUAGCCGUUGACCAAUAUCAUCGCUACAAGGAAGAUAUUAAGAUAAUGAAGGAUAUGAAUAUGGAUGCAUACAGAUUCUCCAUCUCUUGGCCUAGAAUCCUACCAAAGGGAAAGCUGAGUGGAGGUAUAAACAAAGAAGGAAUCGAUUAUUACAAUAGCCUCAUCGAUCAUCUGAUAGCCAAUGGUCAAUAUCCAUGCUUUCGUCUCCUGGUCUAUGUCACACUUUUUCAUUGGGAUCUUCCUCAAGCUUUAGAAGAAGAGUAUAAAGGUUUCUUAUCUCGUCAUAUUGUAGGUGAUUUCCGAGACUAUGCAGAAGUUUGCUUCCAAUAUUUUGGAGACAGGGUGAAACAUUGGAUUACUCUAAAUGAGCCAUAUGUUUACAGUAUUCAUGGUUAUGCUCUUGGGAUCAAUGCACCAGGUCGAUGCUCUGAAACGGUAGAUUCAACUUGUCUCGGUGGUAAUUCAGGAACAGAACCAUAUAUAGUUUCACAUAAUCUACUACAUGCUCACGCAGCUGCUGUGGAUGUGUACAGGAAUCAGUUCAAGGAACAUCAAAAAGGAAUGAUAGGCAUAACACUUAAUACUCAGUGGUAUGAGCCAUAUUCAGAUGACAAAUUUGAUAAAGAGGCUGCCGAACGUGCACUUGACUUCAUGUUUGGGUGGUACAUGAAACCAUUGACAUCAGGAAAGUAUCCAGAGAGCAUGCGUUCUCUAGUUGGUAAUCGAUUACCAGAAUUCUCAAAACAAGAAGCAAGAUUUCUUAUUGGUUCAUUUGAUUUUAUUGGAAUAAACUAUUACACCACUAACUAUGUUGCUCAUCAACCCCUACUCCAACCACUUGGAAGCAAAUCCGAACCUAACUCCAUUACAGAUGCCCAUGUCACAUAUUUAACUGAACGCAAUGGUAUUCCGAUAGGUGCACCAACGGCUUCUGGUUGGUUAUAUGUUUACCCCAAAGGAAUUAGAGAGUUGUUGCUCUAUACCAAAGAAAAGUACAACGAUCCUUUGAUUUAUAUAACUGAAAAUGGUAGAGGAAAUGACGUCUAUGAUGAAAAAGAGACACUUGAGGAAGCUCUUAUAGAUAUUUAUAGAAUCGAUUAUUAUUAUCGUCAUCUCUAUUAUCUACUUUCAGCAAUAAGGGAGGGAGUAAAUGUAAAAGGAUAUUUUGCAUGGUCAUUCUUGGACGACUUUGAAUGGGGAGAUGGCUAUUUAGUAGGAUUUGGACUAAACUUUGUUGACAGAAAAAAUGGGUUGAAGCGAUAUCCCAAGCUCUCAGCAAAGUGGUUUAAGAAUUUUCUUGGACCACCAUAUCUCAAGGAAUAUUAGCAUUGUACACAAAUCUAUACUUUGAUAAGUCUCUCUCAUGUAAUGUUAGCUAUUAAUAAAUUUCAACAAUGUGUGUGCUGUAAAACUUUUUAUUGGUGAAAUGUGACUUGUUUAAUAGAGGGAUACAUUUAAUAUGAUAGCAAAAUCUUUCUU